AAUCUGACCAGAGCAGUUAUCUCCACGUGAUAAGGAAGCCUCUCUCGCCCAGGGUGCUUUUAUUCCUGUAGUCCACUGAACAGAAACUGCAAUCUCUGGUUGGUCUUCAAAAUGGAAAGCGUCUCACAGAUCCUCUCCAAACUCCAGGUCUUCUGCGUCAUCGUUGUUGCGAUUCUCACGCCAGAAGCUGACGGAAAAAUUUACGACCUGUCACAUGUGCACUCAUCAGACUUAUUUUACUUUCCCGGGAGUUUGCCUUACAACCGGACCCAUGUCAUUGCCAGGGAUAUUAAACCUGGGAUGUAUGUGAACGCCGCUGUGAUUACCAGUGGAGAACACGUUGGGACACACAUGGACGCGCCAGCCCACUUUGUUAGAGGUGGGGACCCUUUGGAGAAAGUUUCUGUGGAGAGAACAAUAGCGGACGGGGUGCACAUCAACUGUCGUGCAGAGGCUGCAGCACAUAGAGAUUACAUGGUACCUAUGCAGAAAAUUCUUGACUGGGAAAAGGAAAAUGGGCGUAUCCCGGACGGAGCGGCGGUCCUUUUCAACUUCGGCUGGUCUCUUCGCUUUAACAACAUCACAGACUAUGCAGGCUCAGACCAACUGGACGACCAGUUUACCUUUGUCCAGCCUGCCGUGACCGCUGAAGUUGGACAGUGGCUACUUCGUGAGAGGAAGAUGAAAAUCAUUGGAGUUGACACCUUUUCUCCGGAUCCCUCACUUUUAAACGGAACAGCAGUAACCGAAAUGCCCAACCAUCACAAUAUAUUGGGAGCAGGGAGUUUGAUUGUAGAGAAUAUGAAGAUUCCAGCAGACCUUCCUGCACGUGGCUUUCGAUUCCACGCCACACCAGUCAUGUUCGAGGGCUCCGGUGGUACUCAAGUGCGGGCCUUUGCCAUGACGUACGACCCAAAGUCAUGCCCAGAUGCCGCCAGUGUCCUGUCUCCCCAGCACCCACUCAUCAUGCUUGCUGCUUAUUGUUGCCUUUCUACGCUUUUUCUACGCUUGCUUUCUGGGUGACUCAGCGUAUGCGAAGAAUGAAUGAAUCUCUGAACUGAAAAGGGUUCGGACGCCACAUGACAUAAUCCAGCACUCAAGGAUGAUUUAUAUUUAGAUACCCUAUUAGAUUAGAUGUAUUUGAAUUUCAUCACGUGCGUUGGCUAGAGUUUGGUUGACAAGUACUGAUAUAAAAUAGUCCGAAAAAUAUUUUUAGAAAGUGAACUAUCUUGUAUGAUUAAUCUAUAAUGCCCCACUUUAUGGAAACAAUACUGAAGUGUAAUCAUAGAGGCAUACAGUCUUGUGAAUUUCUGCUAUGGUACUGUCCCGUUUCUCUAUCAUUAUCAAAAUCGUGUUUUCAUUUUUC